CCAUUUUUUCUCCGCACGCUUUGAUCUCUAUUUAUAUUCACAUUCACAAUCACAUUCACAAUCGAUAGUAGUACUUCACUGACUAAACAAGAACAAUAGAGAGAAACGAUGAUCAUCAAUCAUCUCCUUCGAUCUGUCAUCCGAAGAACCCUCAUCCAAACCCAGGCUAGUUCGUACAUAAAAUAUGUUGCAGCUUCUAAAAGUUUGCAGGAACAUAUACUUGGAGCUCCCUUGUGGGCCAGAUGGAAUAGUGCAGAAGCAUCUGUGCAACAGGAUAUUUCAGCUACUGAGUUAAAGGAUGAUAAAGGGUUUAAGGGGCAUAGUAUGUUGGCACCAUUCACUGCUGGGUGGCAGACUACUGAUUUGCAUCCUCUAGUAAUAGAAAAGUCUGAGGGUUGCUAUCUCUAUGACACAAAUGGGAAGAAGUAUCUUGAUUCUCUCGCUGGUCUAUGGUGCACAGCUUUAGGGGGAAAUGAACACCGUCUUGUUGAUGCUGCAACUACACAACUAAAGACCUUGCCAUUUUAUCACUCAUUCUGGAAUCGUACUACAAAACCCUCUCUGGAUCUUGCGAAGGAACUUCUAGAAAUAUUUACAGCUUCCAAAAUGGCAAAAGUCUUUUUCACAAAUAGUGGAUCGGAAGCCAAUGACACACAGGUUAAGCUGGUUUGGUAUUAUAACAAUGCACUUGGAAGGCCAAAUAAGAAGAAGUUUAUUGCUCGAUCAAAAGCCUACCAUGGGUCAACGCUUAUAGCAGCUAGUCUUUCUGGCCUUACUCCACUGCAUCAAAAAUUUGAUCUGCCUGCUCCAUUUGUGCUGCACACCGACUGCCCUCACUAUUGGCGCUAUCAUCUUCCUGGUGAGACGGAGGAGGAAUUCUCAACCAGAUUAGCAAAUAAUUUGGAGAAUCUUAUCCUCAAAGAGGGACCAGAGACGAUUGCUGCAUUCAUUGCGGAGCCAGUGAUGGGUGCAGGAGGUGUGAUACUUCCCCCUGCAACUUAUUUUGAGAAGAUUCAAGCUGUAGUGAAAAAAUAUGACAUUCUAUUUAUUGCGGAUGAGGUAAUCUGCGCAUUUGGGAGACUUGGAACAAUGUUUGGCUGUGAUAAAUACAACAUAAAACCAGACCUUGUCUCUUUAGCAAAGGCACUUUCUUCUGCAUAUAUGCCUAUUGGAGCUGUUCUUGUGAGCCCCAAAGUUUCAGAUGUCAUACAUUCUCAAAGCAACGAACUUGGAAAUUUUUCUCAUGGAUUUACUUAUUCUGGGCAUCCGGUGGCAUGUGCUGUUGCAUUGGAAACUGUCAAGAUUUACAAGGAAAGAAAUAUUAUUGAGCGAGUAAAGAGUCUUUCCCCAAAAUUUCAAGAUGGUAUAAAAGCCUUUUCCAACAGUCCCAUCAUAGGGGAGAUACGUGGAACUGGCUUGAUUAUCGGGACGGAGUUCACAGAUAACAAGUCACCUAAUGAAUCAUUUCCUCCUGAGUGGGGGAUAGGUGCAUAUUUUGGAGCAGAGUGUGAGAAGCAUGGGAUGUUAGUUCGUGUUUCUGGUGAUAAUAUUAUGAUGUGUCCUCCAUUUAUAAUCACACCAGAUCAACUUGAUGAGUUAAUAAGCAUCUAUGGGAAAGCAUUGAAGGCUACUGAAGAGAGGGUGCAAGAACUCAAGGCGCAGUAGAAGUAGCAGUUGACAGCUGUGGAUGAUAAUGUCGAAAAAAACGAGAUGGUUCGAUGUAAAGCAAACUCUUAAUCUCUUUGUGAGACGUGUUAUCUAAAUAAAAUCACUGAGUUGACUUUUUGUGUGCA